AUGGCGGUUAAACCACGAACAGAUCGCCCCGUCGCCAUCAUCGGGGGAGGAGUCCUCGGUCGCCGAAUAGGUUGUAUCUUCAUCGCAGCCGGCUACCACGUCCACAUCCACGAUAUAUCAGAGGCCGCACUCCGCGACGCAGCCGAGUACAUCGACACCCACAAAGCCGAGUUCUCACUCAUGCCACGCAUUCACAAGGCCAGAGAAGACAUCAAGGAUACAGCGGGCAAAAUUACCGGCUGCGAGGUUGAAACUUCCAUCACGCAGGUGGACCUGGAGUCAUCGACGACUGCGCCGUUUGGGAUCUGUAAGACGUUUUUGGACCUGCAGUCGGCUAUCAGUAAUUCGUGGUUGGUUGUUGAGGCUGUGUCGGAGUUAUUGGAUCUCAAGAUCGAUACAUUUGCUAAGAUGGAUGAGUUGGCUCAGGAGGAUUGUAUGCUUGGGUCGAACAGCUCGUCGAUCAAGUCGAGUUUGCUGGUUGCGAAGAUCUCCCAGGAGAGGAAGAAGAGCGCUUUCAAUAUUCAUUUCGCUAUGCCGCCUGCUAUUCGGACUGUGGAGAUGAUGACAUGCGGCCAGACGGAUCCCGAUAUCCUCUCGUAUAUGGAAGAUGUGCUGGGUGAAUGUGGGAUGUUGCCGGUGACUGCUCGCCAGGAGUCGACGGGAUUCAUUUUCAAUCGCCUGUGGGCUGCGAUCAAGCGUGAAAUCAUGAAUAUUGUCUCCUCGGGUGUCAGUGACCCCGGCGAAAUUGACUUGUUGUGGGAACACAUGUUCAAGAACGGCCCACUGCCUUGCCAGUUGAUGGAUCAGAUCGGACUUGACACAGUCGCUUACAUCGAGGACAAUUACAUUCGCGAGAGGGGAUACGGAUCCGCAGGAACAGUCGAUUGGUUGCGCAAGGAAUACAUCGACCAGGGACGCAUAGGAAAGAAGUGUGCGAAAGGAGGGCUGUAUCCGCCUCUUGCGAAAUCUUCAUCUGCAGAAGCGAACCCGGCGAACCCACACAGCGCAGCGAAAGAUAUCUACGUGCUCGAUGUGGGAUUGGGCGGGAAUGCCAAGGAUGUCUCGCAGGUACAUUCCAAUGGCAAGGUGUUGAGGCUGAAUCUUGCCACGCAGAAACUGACCCCCGUAAUGGUUGGUCAGAACCAACCGGACGGGAUUGACGCAUCGCUUUCGACACAGCGGAUUUUCUGGACGAACAUGGGGCGCAGCACUGCUGCGUGCGAUGGAUCUGUCUGGUCGGCUGAUAUGGACGGUGGACAUGUAAGAUGUUUGAUCUCGAUUGGUGAUGUGCACACGCCCAAGCAGAUUUCGGCCGUGGAGUCGAGGAAGCAAUUGUACUUUUGUGAUCGCGAGGGCACGAGCGUACACCGCUGUGGUUAUGACGGGAGUAACCAUGAAAUCAUGGUUCAGCGGCGCAUUGAUCCCAACAGUACAUUGUUAGAGCAGAUGACAUUGUGGUGUGUUGGAGUUGCAAUUGACGCCGACCGAGAGCUGAUGUACUGGACGCAGAAGGGGCCUAGCAAGGGGGGCCGAGGUCAGAUUUCCGUGGCGGGUCUCGAUAUCCCGCCCGGCGAGACUGCGGAGAAUCGCACGGAUAUCCGCUGCUUGUAUUCGAAGAUGCCAGAGCCCAUUGAUAUCGAGAUUGAUAGCGCUACUCAAACGCUGUAUUGGACGGAUCGUGGGGAGCACCCGAUGGGAUGCACCUUGAAUCGCGCAUAUAUUGGUGGCGAGGAAAAUGACAUGGAGAAAGUCAUUCUCGCCCGGCAUUUCCAUGAGCCCAUUGGGCUGAAGUUGGACAAAGUCAACAACAUUGUCUACGUGGCCGAUUUGGGGGGUAGUCUAUACUCGGUGUCGCUGGAUGAUGGCGUGAAGACGGAAUUAGUCCGCAACGACAGCUGCUACACGGGCCUGACACUUGUCUGA